GUGUGAGUUGAGCAGGCAGCGGAGGGUCGACACGAGGAUACUCAAAAAUAGCUUUCAAAGGCGAUUAGCUAUGACGGAUAGUGACGGAGGGGCUCCGCGGGACUCGACGUGAAGAUGAGGAUGCCUCCGGUGUGGGCGCUGGGCGCUUGCCAGACUGGGUGAAGUGAGAACUGAGAGGGAAACCCGCUUAGGAAAAAAAAACACUGCCUGGGACUGCUGAGGAGGACCUCUGUGCAGGUUCACGCGGCCGUCGGCAGGGUGGAGCUUCCUGACCCAUGGAGAAUUACUUCCAGGCCGAGGCCUUCAACCUGGACAAGGUGCUGGACGAGUUCGAGCAGAACGAAGAUGAGACAGACAAUCCCAUUCUCUCAGAUGCCAAGUGGACCCAGAUCCUGGCCCCACCAGCCCACCUGCUGUCUCUGAACCCCGCCCUGGCCCACACAGACCUCAGCCCCCGGGAGAGUCCGCUGCCCUUCAAGACCCUCCCCGACUCCUCCUCCAGUGCCUCCCCGGGGGCCGACCCUAAAAGACACACCGGUCCCGAAGCUCCAUCCUGGGUAGAGGAGAGACCGGCAGACGUGCAUAGCCCACCCCUCCCCCAGCCCAACAUCGGCAAACUGGUGGGCACAGACGACCUCUCGCCGCCCCCCGUGACGGCCUGUAGUGCUGUGGAGAACGGCUGCCCUGCAAGCCCACAGCUAGAUGGGCUCAGCAAGGACAUAAGUUCUCUUCCGGAUAACCAGCCCGUUGCUUCUGAUCAGGAGGCUCAACCUCAUCAGGAGGAGAGAGCUGCUUCAGCAGGAGGAGGAGGCUCAGCUGUCAGUCACACUCACUUCACCUUUGACGUUGGAUUAGGACAGGAAGAAACUCUGCCUCUGGAAAUUCAUCCAAAUGUGGAACCAACAACACAAAAUGAGGAAGGUGUGAAAGAGGAGGCCAGUACAGCUGUUCUUCAGGACAAUGGUCAAGAAAAACAAACUUUAAACUUAAAGGAGGAGCAGAUAGAAAGUCUUCUGAUCAGGGGGAGAGACGUUCAGGCUGGUUGUGAGGUGGAGGAGAAUGGUGUAUCUCUCCUCGACACGAUUGGAGUAGAGGAGAAGGAGGAGAGACUUGGUCCAGAAGGACAGAUAGACCAACACCUCAGAAUAACAAGCCUUCCCAAUGGUUUGGAACAGGACAGCAGUAGCCAUUCCAAGCUUAAGGAGACAGAGGAGGAGGAGGAGGGUUUUUCUCCCUCUCCUGUCCCCUCCAAGGAGGACUCUGUCACUGAGGAGAAAGAAAUGGAGGAAAGUAAGCAGGAGAACGGCGAUGGAGGAGCAGUGGGGUCAGGUGUCGUCCAACCAAAACUCAACAAUCGGCUGCAGCCGGUCAGUGUUCCCUACGGAGGGGCACGACCGAAGCAGCCGGUCAGCCUGAAGCUCCAGAUCCCACAGCCGCUGUCAGGCCAGGUCCAAAAUCAGCUUGGGCCGGCCGCCAUCAGCAAGAAUAAAAACCAGGAGAACCAGAGCCGGAGAGGCACGCCCUCUGAAACUACGCUCAGUGGGACUGAUCAGAGUACAGUCGGGGUGAACGGAGAUGGCAUUGUCCACUCUCCUCUCUUGAUGCCCUCGGAGAGCCCAGACAAUGACCUCCAGGCAGGCCAACAGGGCGCUCUGUGCAGGAAAGCUGCCAGCUCCCUGGGAGAGGUCGCCCCUGUGUGGGUGCCCGACUCCCAGGCCCCCAUCUGUAUGAAAUGUGAUGUCAAGUUCACCUUCACCAAGAGGAGGCACCAUUGCAGGGCCUGUGGCAAGGUGUUCUGUGCAACGUGCUGCAGCCUGAAGUGCAGGCUCAUGUACAUGGACAGGAAGGAGGCCCGCGUCUGUGUCACCUGUCAUUCUGCUCUGACGAGUGCGCAAUCAUGGGAGACUCCGGCCACUGCAAGCAACCAGAGUCCGAACCCCAACAACCCAGCGGAGUACUGCUCCACCAUCCCCCCUUUGCAGCAGGCCCAGGCCUCGGGGGUGCUCAGCUCCCCUCCUCCUACCGUCAUGGUGCCCGUGGGAGUCCUGAAACAGCCUGGCAACGAGGGGUCCCUGACACGGGAACAGAGGAGGGUGUGGUUUGCUGAUGGGGUUCUGCCUAACGGAGACACAACAGAUUCCCCCAAACCUCCGACCUCUAGCCCAGCCCCCUCCCAGUCCCUGGCCAUCUCCACAUAUUCAAACAAAUCCUCCACUUCUGAAUCCUCAGAGGCAGUCCAUACCCCUGUUGCCCCUGUGGGCAGCCCCGUGGGCAGCUCCCUCAGCCUGAUCCCGGAGGACGGGCUCCCUCCCAUCCUCAUCUCCACCGGAGUCAAAGGAGGUACGGGAGGCCACAUCACAGACUAUGCAGUGGAGGAGAGGCCGUCAGAGAUCGUCCUCAUGCAGCAGCUGGAGGAGGGAGGUCCAGACCCCCUGGUCUUCGUUCUUAAUGCUAACCUGCUCGCCAUGGUCAAGCUUGUCAACUACGUGAACAGGAAGUGUUGGUACGUCACGACUAAGGGCAUGCACGCCGUCGGCCAGGCAGAGGUGGUCAUUCUGCUCCAGUGUCUACCUGAUGAGAAGACCAUCCCUAAAGACAUCUUCACCCACUUUGUGCAGCUCUACCAGGAGGCCCUCAGUGGCAACGUGCUGAGCCACCUGAGUCACUCAUUCUUCACGCAGAGCUUCCUGGGCAGCAAAGAGCAUGGCGGCUUCCUCUACAUCAGCCCCUCCUUCCAGUCGCUGCAAGACCUGCUGCUGCCCAACCCGCCCUACCUCUUCGGCAUCCUGAUACAGAAGUGGGAAACGCCCUGGGCCAAGGUCUUCCCCAUCCGCCUCAUGCUGCGGCUGGGCGCAGAGUACCGAUUUUAUCCGUGUCCGCUGUUCAGUGUUCGCUUCAGGAAGCCCCUGUUCGGAGAGACCGGUCACACCAUCAUGAACCUGCUCGCAGACUUCCGUAACUACCAGUACACGCUACCGGUGGUGAAAGGUCUGGUUGUGGACAUGGAGGUGAGGAAGACGAGCAUUAAGAUCCCCAGUAAUCGUUACAGUGAGCUGAUGAAGGCCAUGAACAAGUCCAACGAACACGUGCUGGCCAUGGGGGCGUGUUUCAACGACCGGGCCGACUCCCACCUGGUGUGCGUCCAAAACGAUGACGGGAACUACCAGACGCAGGCCAUCAGCAUCCAUCACCAGCCCCGCAAAGUUACUGGAGCCUGCUUCUUUGUGUUCAGUGGUGCUUUGAAAGCCUCGUCGGGCUUCUUAGCCAAGACCAGUAUUGUGGAAGACGGUGUGAUGAUCCAGAUCACAGCUGAGACCAUGGACUCUCUACGGCAAGCCCUGAGGGACAUGAAGGACUUCACCAUCACGUGCGGCAAAGCCGACCAGGAGGAGAACCAGGAGCUUGUCCACAUCCAGUGGACGGAGGACGACCACAACUUCAACAAGGGUGUCAUCAGUCCGAUCGAUGGGAAGUCUAUGGAGUCCAUCACCAGCGUCAAGAUCUUCCACGGCUCGGAGUUCAAAGCCAACGGCAAAGUCAUCCGCUGGACGGAGGUGUUUUUCCUCCAGAGUGAAGAUCAACCCAACGGCCUGAGCGACCCGGCCGACCACAGCCGGCUGACGGAGAACGUGGCGAGGGCUUUCUGCGUGGCGCUUUGUCCGCACCUGAAGCUGCUGAAGGAGGACGGGAUGGCCAAACUGGGACUGAGGGUCACGCUGGACUCCGACCAGGUGGGUUACCUGGCAGGAAGUAACGGGCAGCCUCUCCUGCCUCAGUACCUGAGCGACCUGGACAGCGCUCUGAUCCCCGUCAUCCACGGCGGGGCGUGUCAGCUGAGCGAGGGCCCGGUCGUCAUGGAGCUGGUCUUCUACAUCCUGGAGAUCAUCUCGUAGGAGCCUUCGAGCUCCAUCUUCUGACGUCAUCUCACAGCCUGGUCCUUCGUCAUCUCCCUUCAACCGUUUGCACUUCAAGAGAGCCCGAAAACUGUGCCGUGCCAGGCGGGGUAGCAUUCCUCAAGUCGAACCUAUGCAUCCAACCACCGUCUGUUGUGCUCCAGAGGCCACCCGGGGCCUGAGGAGGCCCCGAGCUGGGUCAUCCGUCACAUGCCCCCCGUAGUGAACCUCACCUGACAGCUGCUUCGAUCUCUGGUGGUCAUCAGAGAUCACACUGUCUGACCCCAGUGUGCCGUUACAGUGCCUAUAACAAGUAUUAGCCCCCUCCUCAACUUUUCACGGUUUAUUGUGUAAUAACAUUUAAUCAAAGUAGAUUUGAUGCAGGAUCAACAGAAAAGACCCUCUAAUGAUCUCUACAAAGUGAUAUAAAUGAAUUUAAAUAUAAGAGGUAUUAACGCUCUUUAAUAGGACACGCAUAAACCACCGCUGGAUUUCAAGACCCCUUGAAAAUGUCAGCAGCGAGCUCAUCAUCCUUUGUUUUCAUUUGCCCAAAGAUUUCUGACGAGUCAGCACUAACCUUUGAUGCUGUUGAAAGGUUUUUGUAUUGUUAAACUCUGCACACAUACAUCUCACUGAUCUGUACAUGUCAUACUUGAAUUCAAUUUUCUAACUCAGUGAAUGGAGCUGAGCGUGUGGCUGCUCGGUCAGAGAUGCCUUAAUUUACCCAGAAUUCACAUCAAAUGAGUCCUACUUCCUGCAAGAUGAUGGGGAAGUGAAAAGCUUCGCGCAGCGGAUGAAUUCAGACGUCCGUCUCAAGGAACCGACCACAAAAAAAUUCUUCCAAUCAAGAAUUCGUAGCCGUCCACCCCCCAUCUCCACAUAACCUGACUGAGCCUGAGCAGCUUGUAGAGAAAAAAUGGGAGACGAGGCCAAAACGAACACAUUCAGCAGCAGUUCUGCUGCAUGUUUAUUUAUUACAAACAAGAUCAGGACUUAAUGCCCCUGUGUGGGUGCCGUCCUUUGUCGCUUAUGGGAAGCAAAUUGAUGGAGGUCUAUCCAUACGGACUGAAGGCUGGAGGGGAUGAAUCCCUACACAAUCAAGUAUUUCACAUAUAUAUAAUAAGUUCAGAUCAAUUUGUAGAGAUCAGUUUCCACUUUGACAUUAAAGGGUCUUUUUAAAUGGCAAAAAAAUCCACACAGUAAAACAGUUCAACAGGAAUAUUUCCACGGAGGGCGACUACUUCUCAUAGACACUGUAUGAAGCUCCUCGGCUCCUCAUCCUCCGUCACUCCAAUGUCACUGUGGCAGCCGGGAGUCCUGAAGCACUGAACUCUGAAUAUCUGCAAAGGCCUCUGUGUAGCACGGAUGCUCUUCAGCAAGGGAGACUCCGAUCCACUGCAGAAAAGUCUGGACUCUUCCUCUGAAGUUACGUUAAAAAGGAAAGCUACAGAUCAUCAGACGAGGAGCUGGAAGGUGCGUCUGUGUGGUGAUUUGAUUUUUUUUUUUUUUUGCACCGUGGUGCUCAGUGCCUGCAGCAGCGAUUCAUCAAGCAAGAAAAAAAAAAACACAUUUCAGCUUCAACGUUUGAGCUUUACUCAUCAACUACCAGAUGCUUUACUUCAUGGGCAAACACACUGACCUGUUGUACAUAUUUUUGUAGGCGUAACAACUUCAUUAUAACUCUGCAUCUGUAGCCUCCAGAGAUCCCAGUUAAUGACAGAAUGACUGAAGUGGCCAUCAUGGACUGACGCGCUGUGAAAGAAGAUUAUGUGUUACUCACCGGGAAAACACGUUCGUCCUACAGUAGACAGCUGAUUUAAAGAGAAAAAAAAAAAAGGUUCCAAUGCUUUAUUGAUAAACUCAAACAAUCUGUACAUAAAGCUGAGAGAGCAGAACAGGCGAAAUCAGUUUUUAAUCUCAUCAACCAUCUUCAGCUUCAUCAGCGCUUGUCGUUUGUACAGCAGUGGUUGGAAAAGCUACUCAAGUUAUUUUGUUCUUUUCAAUCAUACAAAGAAUAACUGUUGAAGAUGUAAAGAUAUAUAUACAGUAUAUAUAUAUAAAUAUAAAAUAUAUUAGAACUGUAUUAAAUUGCAGAAGCAGUGCACUGGAUUCUAAGCCAUUUACAGGAGAGUUAAAGCGAGCGUCGGGGUGGCCGCUGUGUCCUGGAAGACGUCAGUUUUUCAGCAGCAGAUAAGAAAAGUUCAGUGUUUGUAAAGAUCCAGGGUUCCUGCAGAACAAAGAGUUUGAUCGACCUGAAGCUGAAUGUAUUUCAUCUCACAUUUCCUGCAACUUAUCGUCCUUCCAAAGCCCUGAAAUCACGAACAUCCUGCUCCAGACUUUGCAGACCUGUGUAGGAACCCUGUAGAUGGCUGAUAUGUUGUCUUCAAAGGCCUCAACUGUUUUAGUGCAUCUAGAAACAGAUCGCUGCAGCCCCUCUUUCUCUGCUCCGGACUGUGCUCUCCUUCAGCAACAUGGACCUGGAAAAAAUAUAAGAAUGUAUUCCUCCGGUUUCUGUUCAAAUCUGCAAAAGUUCUUGUUUGUUUGUUUGUUUCUGGCUAGACUAAUCACCAAAAACCACCCUGUCGUGUCAAAAUGCUCUGUACAGUAAUUGUUCUGCAUUAUGGCUGUUCCUCCACCUUAAAUCAUGCUAAUAUAAAACCAGAAGGGGCUACACAAAAAGUGCUGUUCGCACAGUACAAGAGGUUUUGUUGAAGCAUUUUAUCAGAGAAAAACAAUCUCGUCAUAACAAGUGAGAAUCAGACAAUCACAUGAAAAUCUGCAGAAGAGCCGAGCUGAGUUUAAAUUAGACCUGUAGCCGUUCUGUAUUCGUUUAUUACUCAAUUUGAAGUAUUUUAGGAGCUACUGUAGCAAAGUAAUGUUAGCGAAGCUGAUUCAAAUGUUCAGUAAAGACUGAAUGAGAGGUCAAAGGUCACCAGUUCUGGGUUUAUUACUGUGAUCAUACCGGAGUUGGUGUAUCUCAAUCACUGUGUCUUCACUGUGUGACGUUCAUCAGCCGCCGCCGGCUAAUAAUUCUGUUUUUAUAAAUUAGCAUAAUGAAGAGGAGACAUGAGGAUUUAUUUUUCUGACUUCCUGUUUUCUGUUACGUUUUAUUUUGGCAUUAUCUGACGUGUGCAAUAUGUCCUCAAUCCAAAAAAAAAAAAAAGAAAAGGUGCAAUUUGUUUGA